AUGAUUCUGUCACUGUGGCUGAAUGUGAUUACAGCCAGACCAUGCAACACGGAUGGUAUAUUCCUCCUCCCUGGCACUCCGCCCCCACCUUUGGAGAACGUAGCAACUGGCGACUGGACACCCUUUCGCAAUCGUACAGAAUUCGAAACGGCAGAGUUCCUGUAUACGCAAAAUCAGAUGCCGGCAGGUCAAAUCAACCGGUUGCUGGAUUUAUGGGUGUCUACCCUUGCGAAACAUGGCGACAAGCCGCCAUUCGCAGAUCAUUGUGAUCUGUACGACAUCAUCGAUAAUUCACCAUUUGGGGACGUGAAUUGGCAAAAUUUUACAGUAACUUACGAUGGUGAGAGACCUGAAGAUGGUACCAAGCCGUGGAUGGAUGACAAAUACGAAGUCUGGUUUCGUGACCCACGUGAAGUCGUGCACAAUAUGCUUGCAAAUCCAACAUACGCCAGUGAAGUAGACUACUGCCCCUAUCGAGAAUAUUCAACUGAGGGCGACAAGCGCCAGUGGAAGGAUUUUAUGUCUGGUGACUGGGCAUGGGAUCAGGCAGAUGAAAUAGCUAAGGACCCGAGCACGCUCAGCUCUACGUUUGUCCCUGUCAUCCUUGGCAGUGACAAAACGACAGUUUCAGUCGGGACAGGUAAUAAUGAGUAUUAUCCGCUAUACGCCUCAAUUGGGAACAUUCGCAACAAUGUUCGACGAGCCCAUCGUGAUGGAGUAGCAGUCAUUGGCUUCCUUGCUAUGCCGAAAACUACAAAGGAACAUGCUACCGAGGCAGUGUUCCGAAAAUUCCGUCGACAGCUGUUCCAUUCGUCACUCUCCAAGAUUCUCAACAUGCUGAAACCAGGCAUGACAACCCCCGAAGUCACUCGUUUUGGAGACGGUCACUACCGUCGGGUUAUAUACGGACUAGGGCCAUACAUAGCAGAUUAUGAGGAGCAAGCGCUGUUAGCAUGUAUCGUGCGUGGUUGGUGCCCUAAAUGUAUGGCAUCUCGCAAGGAUCUCGACAAAGAUGUGUUACAUCGUUGUCGUGAAUACACAGAAGCACUCGUUCAAGAAGGUUCCUUAGGUGACCUGUGGGAUGACUUUGGAAUAGUCGGGGAACUUGUAGCAUUUAUGAACGACUUCCCCAGAGCUGACAUCCAUCAGAUGAUCUCACCGGAUAUUCUCCAUCAACUCGUCAAAGGAGCAUUCAAGGACCACCUCGUCGAAUGGGCAGAUCAAAUUAUGGAUGAUAUUGAUUGCAGAAUUGCCGCUGUCGCCUCAUUUUCAGGCUUGAGACGAUUUCCUCAGGGACGUGGCUUCAAGCAAUGGACAGGAGAUGAUUCGAAGGCCCUGAUGAAGGUCUACUUGCCUGCCAUCGAGGGUCAUGUACCCGUAGAUGUUGUGCGCACCUUUCAUGCACUUCUCGAAUUUUGUUACCUAGUCCGUCGUAACAUAAUCACAGAAGACACUCUAGUCGAAAUCGAAGACGCUCUCUCACGCUUUCACCAUUACCGUAACAUCUUCAGGACGACAGGAGUGGUUCCUACCUUUUCCCUACCUCAUCAACAUUCACUCAAGCACUAUGUCCAAAACAUACGAUUGUUUGCUGCACCGAACGGCCUCUGCUCAUCGAUUACUGAAAACAAGCACAUCAAAGCGGUCAAGGAGCCAUGGAGACGAUCCAGCCGUUAUAAUGCACUUGGUCAAAUACUUGUGACCAACCAAUGGCUCGACAAACUUUCUGCAGCACGAGCUGACUUCACACGUCGGGGAAUGUUAACUGGUACUUGCCUCUCAGUAACUAUGGACGCCUUGGCACCAGCACCAGCACCUCUGCUGAUCGGCAUCGAUGAGGACCUGGAAAUUGAUGAUGGUCCGACGGUUCUACAAGCUUAUGUCCAGCUGGCGAAAACACGCCAGGGCAAAAAAUGUGCUCAAACUAUUCCUGCACUUGCCGAAGAACUCAAUAUUCCUAGUCUACCUGACCUCCUCAGACGCUUCUUAUUCCAACAGUUGCAUCCUAAAGAUCCUCGCGACCCAUCUAAUAUACCCCUCGCCAAAUGUCCCCUCUAUCUUAGCAAAAUCUUGGUCUUCAAUUCCGCAUCAUCACGAUUCUAUGCACCGAGUGAUUUGAGCGGGAUCGGUGGUAUGCGUGUUGAACACAUUCGUUCUUGCCCCAUCUGGCGGAACAAGUACCAGUGCCAUGACUGUGUUUUCGUCAACACAGACUCCAGUUUGCCUGGCAUGCAAGGCCUCGAAGUCGCCCAUGUUCGUGCAUUUUUCUCAUUCAGGUACCGGGGCAGGUUAUAUCCCUGCACUCUAAUAAGCUGGUUCAACAAAGUUGGCGACGCCCCAGAUGAAGAUACAGGAAUGUGGAUAGUUCGUCCUGGAUUUGGAGCAGACAGUGCUCCAGGGUACGCGGUCAUUCAUAUUGACUCUAUUUAUCGUGCUGCACAUCUUAUUCCCAUGUAUGGCGUGCAAUUUGUGCCCCGGGAGCUCAAAUUUUAUCAUUCAUAUGACGCAUUUCAAGCCUACUAUGUGAACAAAUACGCUGAUCACCACGCAUUCGAGAUUGCAUUUUGA